AUGCAGAGCCACCAUUAUCGUAUGGUGGAUGCCGUGACUUUGGCAGAGUUUAGAGCCAAUUUAAUUAGAAUAAAUGAAAUCGAAGCUCAAUCAGAAGUAUUUAAUGCGAGAAUCUUAGCUCUAAGUACAGAACUUGAGCAAAGAAUUAGAAUUUUAGAAGAAGGGUAUACUUAG